CCGAAGCCCACCGACCUAUAUUUGUACUUGGAUUUUGAAUCCCAUUAGUUUCCUUUCUCUUAUCGGCUGCUCGGCGGCGAGUAAAACGGCGGCAGCUUCGCAAGAACCAGAAAAGCGAAAAUGGCGAGCUAUCUAUGGAGAAAAUAUGCAGAUUACGUUUACAACAAAUGGGAAAGAACGCUUCUUUGGGACAUGUUAGAGCCUUACCGAAGACCCAAAUCUUUUACGCCUCUUGUUACUCUUUAUAUUACAGCUUUUUACACAGGCGUCAUUGGUGCCGCCAUUACUGAGCAACUCUACAAGGAAAAGUACUGGGAAGAUCAUCCUGGAGAAGCAGUGCCGCUCAUGAAGCCGAAAUUUUAUGGUGGACCUUGGAAGGUGCUCAAAGGUGAUGUCCUCCCACCUAAUGAAUGAAAAGCGAAAGAUUUUCUCGACGAAAAUGAUGCUCGGACACCCGAAUCGAGUAAUAUAGGUUUAGUAUGCGUAUGGAAAGCAAUUCCUUCAUUUCUAUACAUGUAAAGUGACUGAUUGAGUAUAAGACUUGUGAUUUUGUUUUGGGUAUAAGACUUGGGCUGAAAUUGAACUGAUACUUGCGUAUAUACAAUGUACAAUGGCAUAUUGGGAC